ACGCCAGCCAAGGUUAUGGCCAUACCUUUCCUAAUGCAUACACCUUGUGGGAGCAGGACGUCAAGACCUCGGUUUCUCACCAGAGAAUCAUCCACUACGGCUUCGGUGGGCUGCGUCUUUUGGUCCGUUUCGAGGUUGACGGCUAUUAUGGCGGGGAAAAAGACUCAGAUCCAUCGAUGACCGGUGCUGACAAACUUCUAUCCCAAUUAAAGCACAAUUUCCUUCAUGGUCACAUGGCUCCGUUCGGAGAAGACGGACUUCAAAUCAGUCGAACAGGUCGCGGCGCAGUCUCCCAAGGGUCCAUCUUUGAAAUCAAGACACGGAAUGCGUUCGACUUCAACACAUGGACAACCAAAAAAGUGAUUGACACAUCCGUGCUCAUCCCAAAACUGUACUUUUGCCAGGUAUCAACUCUCAUGGCAGGCUUUCAUACUCGGGGCACUUUCAAAGACAUUGAUAAAAUGGAUAUGCGUCCAGCGACAGAGCAAUGGGAAGCCAACAAUGCAGAGAAUCUCGGGCGGCUUGCUUCACUUCUUUAUAGGCUUGUGGAUAUAGCAAAGGCAUCCCAGACCAGCCUAGAGCUGUGCCGUUCAGACAUGGGGCCAUUGGAGAUCCGGCACGUGACGGGAGAGGUUUGUGACGAAAUCCCUGCCAGCCUGCGAUCAUGGUGGCUUGGGGAAGAUAGUCCGCCCAUGCAAGAGUCCAAUAACAGUGAUGAUGUCCCGGCAGUCGGACAAGCUGACUAUGGUGACGGCCAUGAGUCCGACGAGUAUGACCAUUGUUCGUAUAGUGAUCAUGCUGCCGGUGACAAAGGGAACGAUUCCGACGAUUCAUGGAUAGACUUCACCGCCUGUUAGGCGUCAGACUGCGGUUAUUGCGGCCACUGUCGAUACUAGGUCGGAAGACUCCGGAGGACUUGGUCAUGUAUCGACGAUCUUCCCCUCCUCACUCCCGGCGUUCAUGAUGCAGUUUCUUGCGAGAGCCCUCCCCGGAUGGUGCAGUCGAGAGCGCGCUGUGCCGUCACUUGGGCGGGGCGACCGCCGGCAUUUUCAUCAUUGCCCUCGCUACAGCGGGGGGUUCGUUCGGAAGUUCCCCGUUGCGAAAUCAUAAAGCAUUUGCCGUUGUCAGUUCGUCAGCGGUGGCUUGCAUGAGUGCUCCACCUGGUUUCGCCUCUCGCCAGGCGGUAGACGAGCUGAAAUUCUAGGCUGAAAGUGCUAAUGUUCCAAAACGUCUGAAAAGGCAACCAACCUAUGAUAGUCCUGUACCUAGGAGGCACGUGUGAUGAGCAGACUCGUUGCGUUGCUUGUUGCAUAAUAAGUGACCACCGUUUUCAUGCAAUCAGCAUAACACUUUUCCAUGUAUCUGUUUCGUAAGUAUUUGUCGAUAACACUGCCCCAAGAUGGUGAGAGAAGUCAGACAUUGGCCGGUAGAAGCAGUAUAUUACUUUCAAGGUCGAUGCCAAUGAGGUCCAGAGUGUCUCGGAUUGCAUACCAAUAAGGGUGGAAGGCGCAGGGGGAUCCUGCUGACUCUUCGCAAUGCGUUCUGAUUAAUGACAGUGGCCACGCCUAUCUGACACUAAUCGGUUGGCCAAUACCAUGGAAGACGGGAGGAGGAAAUGAUGACCCCUGUGAUCUCUUCCACAGUGGCAAACUGACCGACGAAUCCAAUGCUCUAGUUGUCUGCUCAAUGGUAAUGUGUCCCUCACUCCGGCCGACGCAGUGAAAUAAAUCGUCUUCCGUAUCUGGUGGGAGUAAAUGCGCUUGUUGUUGAUUGAAUCCGUUAAUUGAGGUCGUCCGCAGUGCUCAGGAAUUUUCAUUCAAUGCCGGCUCAACCCCUACAAGGGCCUCCACAUUGAUCCUCGAAACGGUGAUGGAAACACCGCCUAGUCAUUUGAAAUUCAUGCUUCUGGACAUCUCGAGGACUGCAGGAUGGGGAGCAGGUCCUCGUGGACGAUUCUUUUGAGGGAUUAUGCAAGGAUGCGUCGAGUAGGCCGGUGCUUUCCCUUGCCGAUGCAGACGACGAGCGAGAUCCACGACAAAGGUCAUGCCGGAGACAGAGCGAAUAUCAAGAACAUGUCGCCAGAGCACAGCAUCUUGGAAGUGACACCGAGAAGAUGGAAGAAGUGCUCGGCAAGCCGGGCCUCUCUGACAGGAUAAAGCUUGAGCUGCGGAAGUAAAUGUGAAAUAUCCUCUAAUCUGACUAAAAGAUUUCCUUAGUCGUAGUGUGCAGUGUCGGGAGACAUGGCUAUUGAGUUAGUUGAAAUGAUCGUCAGCAUGGCAAGAUCUGGUUCUUCGGGUAUGACAUGAAAGGCCAAGUUGAUGCCAUCUGCGGCGGUCGCUAAACAUGGAUGAACGUCGUAGUAUUGUAUUCCAGGAUGCAUAAUGCAAGUGGUCAAAAUGACCAAAAUCGAGAUUUCGUGUUGUUUAUCCAAUGGUUGG